AUGGACAUGCCCAGCACUAUGUCCCAUUCUCAUGGCACCGAGCCCAUGCCAGUUAUCUUCCACACCAAGAUGGCCACUGCGCUGUUUUCCGAAUCAUGGACACCGCGGACGCCAGGACAGUACGCCGGUACUUGCCUCGCUCUCAUUGUCUUUACCAUCGUACUACGUACUCUGAUUGCCUUCAAACCCAUGCUAGAAGCGACAGUGUGGGCAGGGGAGUAUGAGAAGAGCCACUCGAGAGUCGUCGAGGAGACCGCGCGGAAAGAAAGGUCAUCUCCUCCUACAACAAGAUCGAUUUUUCUCAGAGUUGCGCAUGGUGCCUACGAGGUUAUCAUUGCCCUUCUAGGGUAUCUCUUCUGCAACGACCUGGCAGAUGGACGGAGUAAAGAAGCCGAGCGACAUCCCGAACAGGCUCGCGGGCCAUCAUCAAGCCGCGUCCUCGUCCACCACGCGACGUGGACCUCAUUCGAAGAUGCCGUCGCUGCUGGCUGCCACCUGUGUACCUCCAUACAUGAGGAACUGGUGGCAGAGCGUCUGAUACCUGACAGCCAACCCGAUACGGCGCGAUUAGACGUUGAAGCUUCGAGCAUCAUCCAAGAUUCAGUUGACGACUGGCGAAAGGAGUCCAUCACAAUGGCUGAAGUCUAUCGCAACGGCGUCAUCAACAUUGCCGCGACGACUGCUUCUGGUGGAAAUGAUGGGCUUUAUUUCAAACCUCACCCAAUUCACUCCAGGCAUCUUCGAAUAUCUUUCACUCAGCCCAUUGAUGGCACUUCCCCCGAGGAAACGGGCAACGGGGAAAGAUCAAAUGUUGUGGAAUUUGGAGAUUACUUCCUUCUGAAUAGCAAAAUCUGGCAGCGUGGCGUCGAGGAGGCUCCUCUAAACACGCGCGGCUGGGUUCUACAGGAGCGCCUCUUCUCCCCGCGAGUUGUUCACUUUUCACGUCACCAGCUAUUUUGGCAAUGCGGCAUGGACUACCGAAUAGGACAGUUUGCGUACUCGAAUGAUCGUAUAGGAUCCUUUGGCAAGGCUUACACCAACCGUGAUCCACGCGCAUUUUCUCAAGUCCUUUGGCGUCUGAAAGGCAUGGCAAAGGAGAAGAAGGAUCCGUUCAUCCUCGAAGAGGCGUACCUUCCUUGGGAAGAAGUCGUGACGACGUACACGGCGCAGCACUUGACCAAAGGCGAGGACAAGCUUAUUGCAGUACAAGCACUGGCGAAAGCUAUGGAGGAGGCGGUAGACGAUUGCUAUGUCGCAGGACUGUGGGAGAGCCGGCUGGUUGAGGAUUUGCUGUGGGUGUGUUCGGCGCCGGGUGAGAGGGCGACAUACUCGCGUCAGACGACGUGGCGCGCUCCUACGUGGAGCUGGGCUUCGAUUGACGGCGGGGCGGUCAAGAAGGCGACGUUGACUGGGAGAUAUGCUGGGCGGAAAGUGUUUGAAGGAGAAGCUCUUGUCAAGAGUAUUAAGCACUACGUGGAGGGGUAUGACGGGGUGACGACGGGACAGCUCAAGAGUGCUCGUCUACAGCUCGAAGGUUGCCUUCUAAAGAGUGCCAUAUCCUGGGAAGGGGAAGCAGUGUUGAGCGACGGCCACGUCAAGGGCAUCGGAAUGAGAUCCCUCGAUCCUAGAAUUCGCACCUUCAUUGUUUGUCCAGACGAGUGGACCUGGGAUGGGAAUGGCAAACACAACUAUCAACUGCCAGCAGGCAGCAUCCUGCUUCCGAUAGGAACCCAUCCCGCCUACAAGGCUGCUGGAACGGACCCGAGUCCGUGUAUCGAAGGCUUGGUAUUGCACGAUGCCGGUCGGAAAGGAAGUCUAUCGUUCUAUCGCGCAGGCUACUUCAAGCUGGUCGCGGAAGGAACCAUCAUCAACGCUUGUUUGGCAGGGAAAGCAGGAGCAUUGUUUGCGAGGCACGAGAGCGCGUCUGGCGAUGGAACUUUUGCUUUGAACUUGUUCUAA